UUUGACUGCAAUUGCACUUUCAUUGUCAGUGGCUUCUGCUGCUACAAACCAUGUUGUUACCACGGUUGGAUUGACCUUUUCACCUGCCAAGAUCAAUGUCAGUGUUGGUGAUACUGUCACUUGGAACUUUGCUGGUACUCACUCUGUCAUCAAGACUGCUGAUGCUCAAUCGUGUGCUGCUGUGCCCAAUGCUUUCAACUCUGGUAUGAAGGCCGCUGGCACUAGUUUCGUGUGGAAGGCUGCUACGGCCGGUACUGUCUGGUAUGCGUGUGGUAUCCCUGCUCACUGUGCUGCCAACAUGAAGGGUGUUAUUGUUGUCAAUGCUCUUGCUGGUCCUGCUCCUGCUCCAGGUGCUCCAGCACCUGCUCCUGCUCCGGGUGCACCUGCACCAGGCGCUCCUGCUCCAGCUCCCGCUCCAGGUGCUCCAGCACCUGCUCCUGGCACAUCAUCCGAAACUGCUCCUGCUUCCGCUCCCAGUGCUACUUUUGCUCCUGCUGCCGCUGCCAAAUCAGAUGCCCAACUCAAUGGCCGCUCCGCCGUGGCUGCUGUCGGUGUUGCCGUUGCAGGUCUUUUGAUGCUGUAAUUCUAUCCAAUUCAUUUUGAAACAUCACUUUCCUAGUAUUGUUUUUAUAGGACUCUUUGAAUUGAUGGAUGUUAUCCAUCUAUACAUGCCCACUAUUUAGUAGACUUGUAUAUUUGUUCUACUUUGUAUUAUCAAUCUAAUAAAACAGCCAGUUCAUUCAAUUGCGUGUUUCCUUUGUAGUGGC